AUGGAAACGCAGCAGACUCUCAACCUUUCCUGGGACUCUCAACGCAACAUGCUAUCGAAAACCUCAGAUAACGUAAGAGAAGGCAGCUCCGCAUCGCCGAUCCCAACCGAUGUCAUAGUGGACAUCUUCUCGAGGCUACCGUUGAAAUCAAUAGCGAUAUGCCGCUGCGUCUCGAAGCUCUGGGCAUCCGUACUCCGCCUUCCAUAUUUCACGGAACUCUUCUUAACCAAAUCCUCUUCUCGCCCCCCGCAGCUCUUGCACGCGCGUGUGACAAACAGUGAGCUCUGUGGUCGUCCUGUCUAUGGUUUGGUCUGUGUUAAACACGUGCGGGUCUUAGAUGGAGAGAAGGAGACAGCGUUGGCGAUUUGUAACCCUAGCACCAGACAAGUCUUGCAUUUACCCAAAGUGGAGACGGAGACGAGGAGGCUUAAGCUGAGGAGCAUGUUUGGGUAUGAUCCUGUUGAUAAACAAUACAAGGUGCUGUGCAUGACAAGCGAUGGAGGACACUAUCAAGUUCUGACAUUAGGAUCUCCGAACCGUUCAUGGAGAAUGCUCGAGUGUUGCAUUCCCCAUUAUGAUUAUCCACUACCUAAAGAGAUAUGCAUCGAUGGUGUUUUGUAUUACAAAUCUAUUAAUCAGUCAACACAGACUUUUUUAAUAGUUUGCUUUGACGUUAGGUCUGAGAUGUUCAGGCCUAUUGAAGCCAAGGGAAGUCUCGGAAGAGCUAUGCUGACUGGGGAUAUGGUUAACUACGGUGGUAGAUUGGGUUUGAUUACGUGUGAGGAUAACAGAGGAAAUGUCGGUGCUAUCAAUAGAAGAAGCUCAAGGUUUAAGUUGUGGGUUCUAGAAGAUGUCGAGAAACAGGAAUGGUCUGAUCGUGUAUUCGUGUUGCCUGCUGAGUGGAAGAAUGUAGUUGGGGAACACAGGUUAAACUUUGUUGGGGUGGCGUCUCGGACCAACGAGAUUGUGUUGUCAUCGUGGUACCCGAUUAACCGUUUCUACCUCUUCUACUUCGAUCCUGAGAUCGACACUGUUGUGAGAGUUGAAAUGCAAGGAGUGGAUAUGGAUGUGUCUAACUAUGCUGUACUUCAAACCUUUCUAGACCAUGUUGAAGAUGUGAAGCUCUAUGCAUAG